UGUUUUUAUGAUCAUAGGAUCAUACCAUAUAUAUUUGCUUUGGAUAUAUAAUGGUUUGUAUCCAGAUAUUUUCUUGCCACUUCCUGCCAGAUCAUGAAGUAUUUGGCACGCUUUGUGCCAUAUGACUGUGUAGUUUUGUGGGCAUAUUGAUAAGCUGCUCUGUGAUGACUGAUGAGCUCUGUGUCCUGUGCUACGCAGGAUCAGGACUUCAGAUCGCAAAAACACUUCGUCAUCAACAUGACUUGCCGGUUUUGCUGGCAGCUCCCGGAAACCGACUACGAGUGCUCCAACUCCACCAGCUGCAUGACGGUGUCCUGUCCUCGGCAGCGCUACACCGCCAACUGCACGGUGCGGGACCACGUGCAUUGCCUGGGUAACCGGACGUUUCCCAAGAUGCUGUAUUGCAACUGGACCGGCGGCUACAAGUGGUCCACGGCCCUGGCUCUGAGCAUCACCCUCGGCGGCUUCGGCGCGGACCGGUUCUACCUGGGCCAGUGGAGGGAAGGCCUCGGCAAGCUCUUCAGCUUCGGCGGCCUGGGGAUAUGGACGCUGAUCGACGUGCUGCUGAUCGGCGUCGGCUACGUGGGGCCGGCAGACGGCUCUCUGUACAUUUAGCGGCGAUCCGUGCUUCAGGGGAGCGGCGCCUGGAAGGCCUCGGCCCGGAGGAAGUGAUGUCGCGAGUGCGUAUUAGUAUGUGUUUAAUGUACAGCAUCUGUACUUGGCCUGCCUUGAUGAAGGUAAAAUUACAAAAGAAAAAAACACUGAACCAUGCUUCUCCGGAAUUUGGUUUCAUUUGCCUGAGAUGUAUUUUUUUUCUGUGAAAAAACUGGGACUGGAUUAACCUGGAGGAACGAACUCUGCAGUGACUGGAAAUCGAUUUCGUUCCCGUGACUUCCAUUUUCUGUUGCUUAAGUCGAAGUGCAUCGCUCGGAUCUCGGCCUGGACGGGAUGGGCCUGCAGGAGCCUUUCAGCUGUGACGCGGGAAGUGGGCGGUUUAUUCUUUAGCCCAAUAACGGACCACCCGCACUUCAGUGCUCCGUGAGUUUUGCGAUGUCGUGUGUACGUCUGGUCUUCGUCUGACUGUUUAACGUGAACUAGAGCUUUCAUGUCUGGUGGCUGUGGUUUGAACUUGAUUAGUAAUGUAAAAGGUGGUGAGAGGACUGAAGAAUUAAUAAAGUUAUAACUGGCUCUAAGAAA